GCGCUGGGCCCCGCGACAAGAUGGCGGACCUGUCUCUGGACGAGCUCAUACGGAAGCGCGGCGUGACUGUGAAGGGGAGGCUUAACACGAGGCCGGUGUUUGGAGGUGUAAGAUCUCGCAUUGGGAUCCAGCAAAAUCUUCUCAGUAGAUCCUCACCAGCUGUCGGCUUCCAGCGGACAUUUGAUGCCCGACAGAAGAUUGGCCUCACCGAUGCCAGACACAAACUUGGCGUUAAAGAUGCCCGUGAAAAACUGGUUCAAAAAGACGCUCGGUUCAAAAUCAAGGGGAAAGUGCAGGAUGCUCGAGAGAUGCUGAAUUCCCGCAAGCAGCAGAGCGUCGCUGUCGAAAAGGUGACCAAAGUGGUGGAUGCCAGAGAGAAGAUCAGCUUGAAAAGGAGCAUGCCUACUGCUGCUGCUGCUAUCAGCCCAACUAUGGGGACAGUAAAUCCAGCCAUGAAAAUCACCAAAACCAUCCAACAGAAAGCUCCAGUUCCCGGACACUCUCAUCCAGCAGGAAUGCGGAUCAAUGUGGUGAACAACCAUACACACAAGCAGGGUCUGUAUGACAUGGAAGAUGAUGAUGAAAGUGUCUCUCCCCUUCCUAGCAAACAGAUGAAAAUCACCACCACRAACAGUUUCCUGCACAACGCGACUGGGCUGAGUGGCAAUAAAUUCUCUCUGUCCAAGACUGUUCCCCUGACUAAAGUGGUCCAGAAUGAUACUUACACAGCUCCUCCUGCACCUCCCUCCCCCAUGCGGACAAAAGCCUUGACAAACAUGUCCCGGACCUUGGUGACAAAGGAGGAGCCUCCGAAAGAGCCAGCACCUGUUGAGCUGGUGUUCAGUCCUUUGGAAGGCACGAAGAUGACCGUAAACAAUCUGCACCCUCGAGUCACGGAGGAAGACAUUGUUGAGUUAUUCUGCGUGUGUGGUGCUCUGAAGCGAGCCCGGCUCGUGCACCCAGGAGUGGCUGAGGUUGUCUUUGUGAAGAAAGAAGAUGCUAUCACAGCGUAUAAGAAAUACAACAACAGAUGCUUAGAUGGUCAACCGAUGAAAUGCAACCUUCACAUGAAUGGGAAUGUCAUCACCUCAGACCAGCCUAUCUUACUCCGGUUGAGCGACACUCCUUCAGUGAAGAAGGAGGGAGAACCACGCCGGUCAAGUGCGAGCGCCUCUUCGAAUCCCGCUGCCGAGGUGGACCCUGACACCAUCCUGAAGGCWCUCUUCAAAUCCUCAGGGGUCUCUGCCUCUGUGCAGCCCACAGAAUUCAAAAUUAAACUCUGAGAAGGGAAAGCAAGAAAUGGACUGGAAAACUCACUUAAGUCAGAGAAUGAGAAAAGUGCGGGAGUGCAGACGUGGUUUGCAGUUGCCUGCCUGGAAGUUUUGUUUUCUAUGAUCGCUACCUUACUGUACAGUAGUGUUUCCUCUUGUGUGUGUAUUUUCUGUUUUCAUAGUUGGAGUUUUCUUCCACAUUUUUUUUUUUCAAGAGAAUAACUUCCCUCUUUUGCCAGUAAUAUAUUACCAAGCAUAUACGAUGUAAUUCCCUCCUUUACCCCAAAGCCCCUAGUGGCCAUUAAAAGUGCACAUAGACUCUAAGGAAAGGAGUGGUAAUCUCCUUUUCUCUUCUGACCUACCUUUAAACUAAAAGGUGCAUCCUCUUGGUUAUCAACAGACAAGACAACACCUUGUUUCCAGAAUUGCUGCAUCCAGUACAAGGGUAUGGCUCCAUUACAGCAAGUGCCAUCUUGCAUCCCUGACUCAUAUGCAGUCAGUAGCCAACCACUUCAGCUUGGCCUUUGGAUAUCUCUCUGCUCAGAAGCUGUGAUGUGAAGAUACAAGAAAACCUGAGCUCCCCAGUGUGUUUGCGAGCCCAGGGAUGCGCUGGGGAGAAAAGAUGUGUGUACAAGAGCAGCAUCCAUCGCGCUGUGGGAGGGAUAUUUCAACUUUUAAGGCACAGAGGUGAAGAARGACACUGCUGUUUCUAUGAUGAAUAUAUUUACUGUGUAGAGUCAGGCCGAGUUGCUCUCCUCCCUUUUUCUGGACUUAAGAACCAGGACUGCUCAGAGUUAGAGAAAAUCCAGGUGUUUCACUCCCAUUAGCCAGUAUUGCAUCCUYGUGAUAUCUGGAGAGAGUCGUGAAGUACUGUGUUAACUUCCAGCCURCCCCUUCUCCUAGGAAAAGGAAGAAGCUGAGGCCUCUUUCCGGCACUAACACAUCAGGAGGAGUCUCCUGCCCCUAAGGAACCACUUGGGAGAGGUAGUUUGGGUGCUGCUUGGCUGCUGUGCAAGCCUGCUGCUCCCACCUGUGGGCUUGGAGGGUGCCCGCUCCCUCGGUGGCUGCAGCGGGAGGCUUGGGGCAGGGGGAGCAGCCGGCCCUCCAGGGGAGGCAUCGGAGGCUUUGGGCACCGGCGAGUCCCGCGCAGAGCAGAGUGGUGGGAUCCGCCUGCCAGGAGAGCAGGCACCCGCGGGCCGCCCCGGCCGCUAGGUGGCACCUCCAGCACUUCCCGGGUGCCGCCGGUACCRCCACGGAUGCUCCGAGCGCCAUUGGCAGCUCCGAGUGCCACUGGCUGCCUUCGCUUGGAUUAGCUCAACUUGGCCUGUCAGAAGAGAGGAGAGGUAAGAGCCACUUCCAGAGCCUGAGCUUUGAGCUUGAUCCUCCCAGGUAGGAGAGUGACCUGACCCAGUCUGCUCAGCGCUGCUGAACUCGCUGCUCAGCUCGCUGUCACCACCGUAGGCCCAGGCUCCAUUUCUUGGUCAACCCUAUGUUUCUUUUGCCUUCUUGUUCUGUACAAACGCUUUGCUCUGUCUAGCAGGUGCAAACCAUUCCUCUGUUUCACUGUAUCUGAUUUAGCCAGGGAAAUAACUAAGAACUCGGCAGGACUUCUUUUUUUCCCCCAGUCUGCUCUGGUUUGGAAACC